CGGCGCGCGUGGCGUCACCGCAACAUGGCGGCCUGAGGCGGGGGCGCCGCUCCGCCGCUUCUCCGCAGGACGGGCAGGCCGCGUCUCGCUCUCGCCAUGCAGUACUCCCACCACUGCGAGCACCUCCUGGAGCGGCUGAACAAGCAGCGCGAGGCCGGCUUCCUCUGCGAUUGCACUGUGGUCAUCGGAGAGUGCCAGUUCAAGGCGCACCGCAACGUGCUCGCCUCCUUCAGCGAGUUCUUCGGCGCCUUCUACAGGGACGCGACCGACAGCACCGUCGUUUUGGAUCAGACUCAAGUGAAGGCUGAUGGAUUCCAAAAGCUCCUGGAAUUCAUUUAUACGGGAAACUUAAACCUUGACAGCUGGAAUGUUAAGGAAAUUCACCAGGCUGCUGACUAUCUCAGAGUAGAAGAAGUGGUCACCAAAUGCAAAAUAAAGAUGGAAGACUUUGCGUUUAUUGCUAAUCCCUCUUCUACAGAGACAUCCAGCAUCACUGGAAACAUUGAAAUGAACCAGCAGGCCUGCCUCCUGACCCUGCGAGAUUACAAUGAUCGGGAGAAGCCAGAUAUUCCUCCUGCAGAGUUGGUUCAACCUCAAGCAAAGAAAUCGGCUUUAGAAAAGAAGUCUGCUCAAACCAAAAAGCGAAAAAAGAAUUUCAGCUCCCCAAAAAGUGUGCAGAAUAAAUCAAUACAAUACCAGAACGAUGUGACUGAGAACACAUCCAUUGAAAUGUUUUUGGAUGCAAAUAAGCUGGCAGCACAGAUAACAGAGCAGGCUGCCCAGGGCAGUGAUAGCUCUGAACUGCAGCUGGCAGCCGUGGUGGAAAACGAAACGUUGGCAGCACAGGAUAUUUUAGUUCAGACUAUUGCAGCAAAACAAAAACAGGGAAAGCCUCAGCAAAGCUGUGCACUGAAGGAGCACUGCAUGUCUAACAUAGCCAGCGAAAAGAACGCUUACCAGCUGGAAAGUUCAGAAGAGCUUGACCAGAAGUACUCCAAAGCAAAACCAGUGUGCAACACGUGUGGAAAAGUCUUCUCAGAAGCCAGCAGCCUCCGUCGCCACAUGAGGAUACACAAAGGAGUGAAACCUUAUGUGUGCCAGCUUUGUGGGAAGGCGUUCACGCAGUGCAAUCAGCUGAAAACACAUGUAAGAACUCACACAGGAGAGAAGCCAUACAAAUGUGAGCUGUGUGACAAAGGCUUUGCUCAGAAGUGCCAGUUGGUGUUCCACAGUCGGAUGCAUCACGGAGAAGAGAAACCAUACAAAUGUGAUGUGUGCAAUCUGCAAUUUGCAACUUCAAGCAAUCUGAAGAUUCAUGCCAGGAAGCACAGUGGUGAGAAGCCCUACGUGUGCGAUCGCUGCGGGCAGCGCUUUGCUCAGGCCAGCACGCUCACCUACCACGUGCGUCGCCACACCGGGGAGAAGCCUUACGUGUGUGACACCUGUGGAAAAGCCUUUGCUGUCUCAAGUUCUCUCAUCACCCAUUCCCGAAAACACACAGGAGAGAAGCCAUAUAUCUGUGGCAUCUGUGGAAAGAGUUUUAUUUCCUCUGGAGAACUCAAUAAACAUUUUCGGUCCCAUACAGGUGAAAGACCAUUCAUUUGUGAACUGUGUGGAAAUUCUUACACAGAUAUAAAAAACCUUAAGAAGCACAAAACAAAAGUUCACACAGGAUCUGAAACUCCCCCUGAUUGCAAUACACUUGAUAAUUCUUUCAAUGAUCAAGAAUCCCUUCAGAGUCAGAAGAGUCCUUUAUCAGAGUCUGUAGAUGUGAAACCCUCUGAGAUGUCUUUGCCGCUUCCUCUUCCCAUUGGUACUGAAGACCAUCAGAUGCUUCUUCCUGUGGCAGGCAGUCAGUCCCCAUCAUCAGAAACAUUACUGAGAUCUGCUGUGACUGGAUAUUCAGAACCUCAGUUCAUUUUCUUGCAGCAAUUAUACUGACACUGUAGAGCCAGCAAAGAAAUCCAGCAGUCAACUCGCAUACCUUUGGUAAAGAUGAACGUAAUCAAUCAAGCAGUCACUUCUUGAAUUUUCUUGGGUUUUUUUUUUCUUUCUGUAAAGGCAGUUGUGAGCUGUUUCCAUUGUACUAUGCUGUCUUUUGUUUUGUUUUGUUUUUUUCCUCACUGUUGAAUUGUGCUAAUGUACAAUCAACCUUCUGUUUGCAAUUAACACUUCCAGGAGUUACAUGUUUUCCAGCAAUGCCUGCCUUAAGUAUUCUCUGUUAAAUACUCUAAUGCAUUUUGGAGAUCUCCUGCUAUGUUCCUGUCCAUCUGGUGUGUGACAGCAUCACCUGAGCACUGGAGCAGGUAGCCAGGAGAGGUUGCUGGAGUCCCCUUGCUUGGGGAUCUUCAAAAGCUGCUAGGAUGUGGUCCUAGGCAACAUGCUGUUUGUUUGUUUUUAAGGGAAAGUCAUGAUCUGAAUGUGCUAAAGAGCUUCCUGAGGUCCUGUAAUGAUAUGUGAUGGCAGGUAGGCCAGUGCUCAGUCAAGGUCCUCUCAAAGAAUUACUGCUGUCUGGGAGAAGCAGUCCAUCUUCAGCUGAAGUCUGACCAGAGGGACAGAAAGCUUUGUGUUCAUGUCCCUGAUGGGGCAAGUAAAGGAGAGUUUCUUUAGCAUGAUAACCCAGAGAGUUCUAAUGGCAUAGGUACUACUGUGUAUUCUUUCCAAGAAGUCACUCGUUUUUGAAGUGAAUCCAGUGUUGUAACUUGUCCAAGAUUUUUUUUCAUAUGUCUGAAAUGUCCCGAAUUUGGCACAAGCAGCAGCAUUUGCUCACCAGAAGAGCUAGAACAUGGAUGUUGUAGAUGAGGUGAAAAGAUGCAUUGACUGAACUGUGAUGUGUGAUCCAUAGCUUCAUAAUGAUCAUUUCUGUGCUUCUUGUGGUGCUGGUCAGUAGGUACAAAAGAAGAAACAAAUGCAGCCCUUCACUGUGAAAAUACUGCAUGACUGCUAUUGAGGGGGCAUUGAGGAAGAAUACAACAGGGCAGAUUAACAUUCUCCCAAGCAGGGAUUUGUUUCAACUGAAGUAUUUAUGUAUUAAUUUACCUUUCGUGUUGCACAGUAACUGUAAUUGGUAUCUAGCAAGACUCUUGCAAAGGUAUAUUUUACUAUUAGCAAUUUAUAUUUUUUUUUAACAAAGCAUUUUUAGGUUCUCUGUAGGAUCAUUAAAGACUGGUUAAGAGUAGGAGUACCUUUUUUUAUGCUCCAUUUUGCCAGUUUGUGCCAUUAACAUGAUAGAAGUGUUACCUAAGUAAUCAUCAAACAGUAAGGAAGCAGUCUUACGACUGUGCCACAAAUAGAUCUAAAGAUAUCACUUGUUGGUUAUUUCUUUGGUGCUAGCAUUUUAUUCCCACUGAUGCCUUGUGUCCAGACAUUGAUAAAUAGAAGGGCAUAGGAGAUACCUCUUAACUAACUGUGUUCUACAUGGAGUAAAAAUUAAUCUGCCCCUUAAUUAAACAGCCUUGUGAAAAAGUUCUUGGAGGAUUUCAUUUACAUGUUCUGCAGAUGGUCCCUUGACUCCUGAGCAUGACUACAGAUUUUUUUCCUCCACAUUUGUACUUGUGAAGUAACAGAUCUUUCAUUUCUUUGUGUUGGUCAUCUUGGUAUGGGGCACGGUUAGAACUCUGCUUCUUGAUCAUGUUUUAAGUCAUAAGAUAUGGCCAAUUUAAUGAUAAAAUCUACCACAGGCAGCAUGGAGUGGCCCAGGAACAGUUGAAUGCAGGCAUUUUUCACUUUGUUUGCUAACUACUGCCAUACUUCUUGGCAUUUAAUUUCUUUGCUUAUCCAUCCUGCACCAUUUAUGUACAGCUGAUGCCCUUCAUAAGGCUGGCACAAGGCAAUAGAUGAAGUUCUCAGAUUUUGUUUGGCAGUUCCCUACUACUGCUUCUCCCGUGGCUUUUUCUUCUUCCAAGUUGCUGUUGUUGAUUAGGAGCUGAAUGAUUCUGUAGCCAACUAGCAUUCAAGAACCACAAAGAGCAGAAUCCUGAUUCCAUUUAACAAAGUGAACGCUGUACCUUGCUCUAAGAUUCCUCUUUCACUUUCUGAAUACAGAGGAAGAGUCUUGGCAUAGACAUAGACUUAGCCAUGAGUAUUGACAAAGUGCAGCACCGUAUGCUUGCUAAAUUUCAUGUUUAACCAACUCUGGAAGAUAAACUAAUGAUACACUGUUGUUAUCUGAGGAUUAAUGUAAAAUGCAGAAUAAAGGACAAGAGCUGUUUUGCUCUAGGAAGAAGUAACUACAUUCCUACUUAGAAAAUGCAUUCCAUACCAGUGUUUGUUUGGACUGUUUUUAUAUUUCUACAAUAAUAGCUUAUUGCUGUAUUCUUAGAUUUUCAGACUUUUUAAAACAGUACUUAGAUUUAUACAGGAUUUGUUUAGAUGCUUAUAACAGUACCACUUUCUUUCGUAGUCAUUUAGUUUUCUUUAUAGACAAGAAGAUAAUCAUUAUUUUUUACAAAACAACACUUUUAGCCUUUCUUAGUAGAAUACACAGGCUGUAAUUUUGACUUAGAGCAAUAAUUUAGUGAACUGCACUCUUCAGUCCUCAUCUGAGAACCUCGAUUCUUACCCUCAUCUUUUGUGCAGAUAUCUCAGCUGCUGAGGUAUGAUCUCUAUCAACGGUAUUCAUUUAAUAGAAUAUAGAUUUUAAAUAUAUAUAGAAAGAGACAUAUAUUGAAUUUGUAGGAGUGUUCAGGCUGGGUGCUCCAGGGCCUGAAGAAGCAGCUCUGUACGGUACCUUGUGCCAAUAGAUGCAUGAAGUCAGCUGCACAUUCAUUCUUAGGCUUAAGGAGUUCAUUUUGGAGGUACAUGGUGUUUGACAAUAUUGGUAACUUCCUUCAGAGAUGAAUGGGGGAAACAUGGAAUUUUUGUAGGGAUUCUUCUCAUUCUUGAGACCUACCUGCAAAAUGAAAGAGAAUUUCAGUCCAUCAUUGGUAAUUUACAGAAAAUGACUUAAUUUAUCCGAGAAACAUCAUUGUUUCAGUAGCAUUUCAGUUCUACCUGAACAGAUUAUUUGCAACUAUAAAUGUCUGAAUCGGCCGUUUCAAAUACUUAUGUUAGAAUAACUCCUCGUGUGGCAUUUAUCUGAAUUGGUGCCUAUCUGUAGGCACAGAGCAUGAAAGUUUUCUUGAAACAUAUGGCUUAAGAAAAGUUGUCAACUACAGACAAAUCCCUCAUCUAGGAUUUCAGGGCUGUGAUUUCGGAGAGGAUGUCGAUAAGCCUUGCAGCAGAGUAAGGGUUAAUGACUGAUUUUUGGUUUAAAUUAUUUUUGAAGUAUCUUUCAUGUAUAUACAGCCUUUCCUCUGUUAUUUGUAUAUAGCUCAACUCUCGAUUUUAUAAUCUCCUGGGCAGGGAGUUGUACAUAUUUAGCCUGAAGUGUUUUAUGUUAGACUUUAAUAAACUUGUUUUGUACUUUUCCCUCA